AAAUGUCACUCUUUUUCCUGUUUCUAUUUUUAUUUGUUUUGAAUUGAUUACUUUUAUAAAAAUGGUGUUAUAAGUAAUUAGCGCUAUGAUUUGGAACUGUUGGAACUUUAUUUUGCUGUGUAUACAGUUUUCUUUAAUUAAUUCCCUACAAAAUAAUGAAUUUUUUUGGGGACCUGGAUUACAACCCCAAAAUAUAGUAAUGCCGGCUAGAUAUUUCUUUGUUAAUUUUACAUCUUACUGUAAGAAAUAUGAACCCAGCUUAGCAAACGAUGUUGCAGUGGAAAUCGAAGGAAAGUCUGCAAAUAACAACAGGUGUCGCGUCUGGAUAAAUAAACUAGAUCGGAAAGACGGCACUUUUUUAAUUCGCUAUAAAGUAUAUGAAACCUGCCAGGAUCUUUCCAUUGGAAUUUAUUUUAAGAGCAAGCAUAUUACUGGAUCUCCAGUCAAGUUUACAGGUCCUAUACUAGCAGACCAAUGCGACUGUCCAGUGAAAGAUAUUAACACUUGGCUGGAACAAUAUGGAUGCCCAAAAACUUACAAACAAAUUGAAAAUGAUCUGUUGUUACACAAUGAUGUUGAUAUGAAAGUGCAAAUUAAGAAAAUAAUUGAAAAGUAUCAUAAACCAGAAAGCACUAGUUUUUGCCAUUAUGUUAUAAAGAAUAACAAAAUUUACAGAGACUGUUAUGGAAAGCAUGUUGGGUUCAACAUGUUUUCUGAUAAUAUUCUAUUGUUUUUGUCAAGAAAGGUUGUAUUACCUGAUAUGGAAUUGGUUAUAAACCUGGGUGAUUGGCCUUUAGUUUCUAAACUGUCAGAGCCAUUACCAGUGUUUUCUUGGUGUGGUAGUAAUGAUACAUUAGACAUAAUAAUGCCAACAUAUGAUAUAACAGAAUCUACAAUUGAGAAUAUGGGCAGGGUCACAUUGGAUAUUCUGUCAGUGCAAGGCAGUGUUGAGCACCAGUGGCAGAGUCGGGAACCCCGUGCCAUAUGGCGAGGGCGCGACUCGCGACUGGAGCGGUUGAAACUCGUUGACAUUGCAAGGGCUAACCCUGAUCUAUUUAAUGUAUCUCUCACGAAUUUCUUUUUCUUUCGUGACAAGGAAGCUCAGUAUGGCCCAAAGCAACCUCAUAUUUCUUUUUUCAAGUUUUUUGAUUAUAAAUACCAAGUGAAUAUAGAUGGUACAGUAGCAGCCUAUCGAUUACCAUAUUUACUUGCUGGUGGUGGAAUGGUUUUGAAGCAAGAUUCGCCAUUUUUCGAACACUUUUAUAGUUUACUACGACCAUGGGAACAUUACGUCCCAGUUUCACGCGACUUGUCCGAUUUAAAAGAACGUGUAAUUUGGGCACGUGAACAUGACGAGGAAGCUCGUAAUAUUGCUGAAAAUGCUAGAAAAUUUGCCAAUGAACAUUUACUUCCACAACAUAUCAUUUGCUACCAUGGUGUACUUUUUUCUGAAUGGAGUAAAAGAUUAAAAAGUAAAGUAAGUGUAUAUGACGGUAUGACUCCCGUGCCUCAAGUAAAAUCAAAAUGUGACUGUGAAGAAAACAAUUUCAAGCAUGUUGAGCUGUGAUGAUGAUUUGAAUGUUAAUAGAGGCGAAAACAAACGAGAUUAUUAAUAAUGAAUGAUCAUCUUUGCAUAAUAAUAAAUAAUGCAUAUAGGUAGGAUACAGCUAGUUAAAAACUGUGUAACUAAAUGUAAAGUCAAGAAAGAACUGCCAACACAAGGGCUAUUAAUAUUAGAAAUACAAUUUAUAUAUUUUGAUAAGCAAUAUUUUUCCAAUGAAUCUAAUUAGUUAAUAGAAUGUUUGUGAUCUUAUUAUACAAAUUAAGUAGAAGUUUUAAUAGGACUGAAAAUAAAAUAUUUUUGUAACAAAAUUAAUUAUUUUAAUAAGGGCAUUUUUUACAUUAACUAUUAUAGUAAAAUAAUACAUAGAUCUGUUACAUACUAAUGUACCUAAAUUACUUUUAACCUUUUUAAUCAUUCCUGUUAAUCUUUUUAAUAUUUAUACCAUAAGUCUGGAACAAUUUACAUAUAA